GACACCCAUAGAACAAGCACGCACCUCUAUUCCUCUGCCCUCAACCUCACCACCGCCACCACCACCACCGCCGCCAUGCCGAACGUACCCUCUGAAGUCGUGUCAUUCGUCGGGGAAGUGACCUCCAGCAUCGACCUCUUCAAGAACCAGCUGAAGGAGGCGCUGAAGGCAGUUGACCUCACCACGGUUGCGGCCCUCCUUCUGGUCGUGGCCGGGUCCAUUCUUCUCUAUGACCUGCUGGUGUUUGCCCUGGCCUCGGCGUCGUCGCGGAGGUCCUUCAUGGUGACGCCGCUGCUGUACCGCCUCGCCAACAACGCCUGGGACAUGAGGGAUGACCUGGGCAUCUCCAAUCUUAUAGAAUCACGUCUUGGUCUUGGUUACAACACGCUGGACGUCUUCUCUGACCCCCUCGCGUCCUUCAGGUCCCUGCAGACGGCAUUCCCGAUCCUGGAGUCCAUCGAGAAGGCCUACGAGAAAUACGAGGACCUAUUCGACUAGCGGGAUGCUGCAGACGGCCACCUCGAAGUCACCCCGCUGCCCUAACCUGACUCCCGCUGUGCUCUUCCUGCUUCUCUGGGUGCCUUUCCGCCCUCGUUGGUGUCUCCUCGCUCCUGCAUAGCUACAAUAUCUCUUUGGCCUCCUUUCCGUAGUCCCAGGAGUCUUUACGUCUUCUGGUGUGCUUAUAAUCAUACUUGACUCCUCAUGUAUCCUUUUGAAGACUCUCCGCCCUUCCUGGAGUCAAGUUUUUGCCGGUGUCUUUGCGUCCAUGGUGAAGGGUUUUCGUGUAUAGCCGAGCUGCCUCUUGCCUGCUGUGCCUUUUCGUCCUGCUGUUCUGCUGUCUCUUCUUAGCUCUUCAUACUUUCGUCCUGCUGUUCUGUUCUGCUUCUUGACUCUUAAUACGUUCGUCCAGCUCCUCUGUUCUUCAUUCUUGGAUCUUUAUUAUUUCAGUCCAGCUCUCCUCCAUACUUUUCUAGGCACUUAUUAUUUUCAUCUCACUUAUAUGUAUCUUCUUCUUGGCUCUUCAUACCUUCGUCCUGCUCCUCCGUCGUCGCCUCUGCUGUAGUCGCCUCGGGUCGCUGCUGCAAGAAUCAUUUGAGCAGCGGCUAUGUUCUGCGCCUCAACAGUUUGUUUUGUAUAUUUUUUUAUGCCUUUUUGCUACUAUAAAUAAAAGAAAUGUGCG